CAGGCGGCACACAACGUUCACCGGGAGGAGGAGCGUAAGUCGGUCUAGCGUGACGUCACGUUCGUCAACCUAGUUGGGUUAGGUUUUACGCUGGAAAUUCUAACGACAAAUUUUUUGUUUGACGAUUGAUGUUUUCCCCGUGUCGUGUCCACUGUGGUUGAAGCGACGCUGAAGUGCACGCGCAAGUUGACGGCCAGGAAGUCGCGUCUCGCAGAGCGAAUAAUCGCGCAAGGGCCCGCGUAGUUUUGGCGUAUGAGAUUUUAAACGGAAAAUGAGUCGACAUGAAGGGGUAAGCUGUGAUUCUUGCUUGAAGGGAAAUUUUCGGGGUCGUAGAUACAAGUGCCUCGUAUGCUACGAUUAUGAUCUAUGUGCCAGCUGCUACGAGGGAGGCGCCAGUACCACACGCCACCUCACAGAUCAUCCUAUGCAGUGCAUACUUACUAGAUCUGAUUUUGAAUUAUACUAUGGUGGUGAAGGCGUAAGUGUGGAACAGCCUCAAUCCUUAACUUGUCCCUAUUGCACGAAAAUGGGCUUUACUGAGGCUACAUUGCAAGAACACGUCGCUGCUGAUCAUCCUGAUACUUCGUUCGAAGUUGUUUGUCCAGUAUGCGCAGCAGUGCCAGGUGGAGAUCCUAAUCAUGUAACUGAUGAUUUUGCGGGCCACCUAACACUAGAACAUCGUAGUGGACCAAGGGACCUGAUAUCCUUUUUGGAUGAACCGUCUGCGAGUAGGCACGGCGUUAGACGGAUACCACAUCCGUCUAGAGCUGUUGGUGCACCACGUGCACGUAGGUCCAACAUGCAUUUCAGUUCAUCAGGAGGACUGAGUCCAAGUAAUCGAGAAGGUAUAGACCCAAUUGCGGAAUUGCUAUCCCAAUUGUCAGGAGUACGUAGAAGUGGAGGCGGAAGUGGACAAAGUUCCUCGGCACCUUCACAGCUACAGCAACUACAAAUGCAAUUGCAAUUAGAACGACAACAAGUCCGGGCUGCUAGACAACAACUCGAGCGAUUACCAAGGAGACAGACGCAAGUGAUCGGUUCUGUAAGUGGUGGUAGCGGGGGUGGUAGCGGUGGUAGCGGUCAUUCUACUACUUUGGCGGCAUCGAAUAGUACGAGUAGUAACAAUAAUGCGACCAAUGCGGCCAACCCGUCCGGUGUGUCUUCUACUAAUUCACAGAACGUUAUGUUCCUGUUGCCCAGAUGCAUUACAACAACGCCGUCUGAUUCACAACUGCAAAGUAUUGAACGCGAAAGUGCAAAUAGGAGCCUUUUUACACGUGAACUUAUCGUCGGAACGCUUUCUCAAACAUUGUCAGAGUUGAUGCAACAGCAAUGCAACGUGCAAACACCGGCGUCGAGUGCGACUACUGCCACGACCAGUCCCGAAACACCAAACGCCAAUGCUUCCAUCGUCUCUACGAAGAAAUUAAGUUUAGCUCAGGAAGCGAAGAGGGAACAAGCGACAAGUAAACACGUGACACCACAGGCAUCUAUGCAACAAAAAGAAUCACAUAUUCUGCAGGCUGCUGCCGCUACCACUGGCAGUGUAGGUUCAGGUCUGCAAAAUCAGGGUUUACCCCCGAAUCCUAAUAGCAUUGCAACACAAAAUCCACCUAUAGUUCAAACAUUGAUGCAUAGUGUGUUACCUCAGCCAUUGGUACUGCAGCAACCACUGCCGCCGCCAAUUAGGAAUACCGGUACUGGAACUAUUAGGGAACCGAUAGCAACUCCGGCGCCCGCUUAUCUGAGAGGUGGGGUGGGUUCGGUCGGAGUGACAGGCUCUUCACGUAGGAAGCCUGUUAGGGCUGUAGAUGGAAGAAACCAAUCUACGGAACCGCCACCUCCGCACUAACCCUUCCUUAGCCCGUGUACCCACCCACCCUGAUUCCUCACACAGGACCCUCUAGCACUAGUCCUAGCACUGUUUAGAACACCUCAUCAUUAUUGUUAUUAUUAUAAUAUUAUAUAUUAAUAAUUAUUCAAAACAUCCUCCCCCUCUCGCUCCUUCCCCCACCCUCCUCAUCCUCCUGUGUCCUGCUAUUAUUACUUUCCCGAACUUUAAUCCCGCCAUCUUUGCUGUUACGUGACAUGGAACAAGGGCAAGGGCUAAUUCGUUGGCCGCUGUGGCAUAUUUACGAAAUAAUAAUGUACAUAACUCACUUCUUGCAGUCAUGCUCGAAAUAUAUAGAGUUCGUUCACGUGUACUCUUCUUCGAACGUCUACUCUUCUUCGAACGAGUCUUGCCACGUUCUUCCACGCUGACGUGCUACCACGAUACGGCGUUAUCUCUUAUCCGCUAGAGAGCAAGUGUUUGCGAACAAACGUGCUGUGAGAGAAAAGAAAUCCUUACGAGGACAUUAGCGUUCACUGUUCGAUUUAUUGCAACAGGACAAACAUGCAAGGAUAUAUUGUAUUGUGAUUCAGCAAAGCUAGACGAAUGUGUACAAGAGUGAAAAUCUGCCCAUUACAACAUGUUUGCUGUCACAAUACGAGUGAAGUGCCAGAUUUCACUAAUCUACAUAUGCGCGCUGUAAAUUAUAUCGAACAAUUAACUGCUAAUGCACUUGGAAACACGACGCGCGUUCUUUGCAAAUAAAAGUACAUGAAAUUAUGCCUGGGUUGGUCCGUAAUAUUCUCUCUCUUUCUCUCUGUCUCUGUCUCUAACGCUUUUAAAUUGUUCCUUACCUGUAUUUAACUUUCCCGGCGCACUAAUAGAGGAAAACAAUUGUAGAGGUAAAUGAAGUGUCGCAAAUGAUUUAACAGUGCAGAACAAUGCUGCUGGUUAUUUUUCAAUUGACUGUUUCAGUUGUAAUUCUCGUUAUAAUAGAUUCCUGUAUGCUUUACAAUCAAUAAAUCCUGGGUAUGUGUAAAAAAAAAAUUAUUUGUAUUCUACAUAAUAAAUACCAUUUAAUUUCUUUUAAAUACAAUUGUUCGCGUUGCGACAUUUUGCAAACAUAUUAAAUAAGAGGAAAAUUCAAGAGAAUAAUGGACAAAUGUGUCAAAGAUUUUAUGUACUCUAGACUGUCUUAAAAAGCAGACGAUUGAUUGAAUCAAAUUUAAUUUAACAAAUCGGCGCUAGCGGACCAUCCCUUGGCACAUAUACGUGGCAUAAAAGAUGAUGUCAUAAAGUGGAGAGAUUAUAUUAUCAAUUGUAUUACUUUAAAAUCGGCGGCCUUAUAAAUUUAUAAACCUGGCGUUUAUUAGACUAUUUAAUGUUACAUUAAUAUUUAAAAUUAUUUUUUUUCUGAUUUAUUAUGUAAUUGUACAGUAUAAUUUGCCACAGAAUCGAAAAAUAAAGUGUCUUUUAAAAUUGAUCGCUCCAUUUUAAGGCAUUCAGUAAUUGUAGCAAUUGUAGUGAAAAAAAAAA